AUGGCCAGUGGUUUCCUCCCAUACCACGAGCCUGGAACUAUCGACAUUCUCAUUGUCGUUUCUUUCUUCUUUUUCCUUUCCCUUGCAAGAUGGGUCUCCGCGACGGCAAUCCAGGCCGGAAUUAUAGGUCAAAUCGCCGUCGGCAUCAUCUACGGAGUACCUUUGGCCAAUAUCCUUGAACAUCACUGGCAAGAGACUUUUGUUACUCUUGGAUAUGUCGGUCUGAUUUUGAUCAUUUUCGAAGGCGGUCUUGGCGCGCGUGUGGACUUGCUCAAGCAGAACUUCACUUUGAGUAUGAUCGGCGCCGCAACUGGAGUUUUAUUUCCUAUUGGUCUUUCAUACCUUUUGCUCUAUCUUGGUUUCGGAUAUGGCGCGGUUGAGACCUUCAUCAUCGGCGCAUCUCUUUCCGCUACUUCACUCGGGACCACCUUUGCUGUGAUCAGCUCUGCGUCGAGCUCGGUCAACCUCGCCGAGACUCGAGUGGGGUCCGUUUUAGUGAGCGCUGCUGUUAUUGACGAUGUUGUAGGACUUGUUAUGUUAAGUGUGAUUGGCGACUUGGGCAAACUUUCAGGCGAGGACAACAAUGUCAACCUAGGCUGGCUUAUCGGGCGCCCGAUAGUGGCAUCGAUAGGCAUGGCCGUCGUAACGCCCAUCGUCACCAAAUGGAUAUUUGCGCCUUUCUUCCGAAAGUUCAUUGAACACCGCUUUGCGCGAUUCGACCAUAUCUCCAACAUCAUCCUUAUGACCCUCGUUCUUUCGGCGUUUAUUGCCAUCGCUGGAUUUACUGGUACAUCGGUUCUAUUUGGUGCCUUUUUGGCAGGUGUAUUUCUCACUUACAUACCGAGCAAGCACCCCGAAGGACCAUUUGUUGUCAUGAGCCGCGAGGAAGGCGAGCGCGAGGCGGAAAAAAGCCCCACCUUCGUUCAUACCUUUGAGAAAUAUCUGUUAGGACCUCAGCAGUAUUUGAUGGAACCUUUGUUCUUCGCAAGUAUCGGCUUCGCGAUUCCAUUCUUGAAGCUGUGGACGGGGAAACAAAUUUGGAGAGGGGUGGUUUACACCCUCCUCAUGGCGUUUGCAAAGUGUGUUGUCGGAAUCUGGAUCCCCAUAUGGCAACUCGUUCUGGGGGGCAAGUCCCAAAGCAAGAAAGAGCAACAUGAACAGCAGAAAGGACCAGGACAACCCAAAAAUGAGGACAACACAAGCCACGAAAAACAAAGCAAGCAAACUAAUGGGAAAAGGUGGAAUCGGGCCUGGCUCGCCGCAACACUUUUAGGAUCUGCCAUGGUAGCACGCGGUGAGAUUGGGCUUUUGAUAAUCGAAAUCGGACACAACGAAACUCCGUACGUCAGUGACGAAGGUUUCUACACUGGCGUCUGGGCCAUUCUUUUGAAUACCAUCAUUGGUCCGGUUUCCGUCGGUCUCCUGGUUCGAUUCUACGCGCAAGAGCUCAAAGGGGGUGAUUGGGGAGUGCAGCGUCCUCCCCUGCCUAUCUCGGGCCAUGCUAUUAGUGGGCACGGUGCGGUAUAG